CUAGCUUCAGUUUAUUACUGUGCGUUAAACAAGUUUGAAAAUUUUAAAAACAAAAGUGAUGUUUAGAGUUUACCUUUAGUUCUAAUUUAUUAUAAUGGCACCUACAAAUACAGCAAGGAAGACAUAUGCGAAUAGAAGUUUACUGAACAAUUGCACCCAGUCAAAGAGGGUUUUAAAUGAUUUGUUUGCCAAAAAUAUUAAAAAGAGGUUAUCUAAAAAAAUUAAGGAUUUACCUGCAAGGACCGAAACCGCCCUUCAAAAUGAUUCACUAAAUAUUACCACAAACGAUACGUUUGAUAAAUUAAAAUUUGGUGAACUGCUAAAUCCUGUUAAAAUUGUAAAUUCUUAUAGAAAAUAUGACUCCUCGGAGAGUGACAUGUCGAAGUCAGCAUUUAUUAAAAGCAUAUCAUUAACAGUUCCCACAACUGGAAUAACUAGUAGAUCAAGAAGAAAGUAUAUUAAUAAAAACCAAAAAAAUGAGAGUGUUUCUUAUAUACGGCCAAGACUAGAAGAAACUACUCGAGAAGAAGAAAGAAUAGAUGUUAGUUUAGAAAUUGAAAACAUGGAGACCUCUAUGCAAUUAAUGCAUUCUUAUAAGACUGAUAGUUCUUUAAGUAAAAUAUUUACUAAUAAUUAUAUGGAAAAACAAACAUUAUUUUCUAGUACUCCAGUAUGUAAUCGAACAAUGAGGAGAUCACAUAAUUAUGCACCAUUUCCAAACAAAAAUACUAUAUUAGAAAAAUCAUAUGAAGAAAUUGAGCAAUGGGAAAAUAAAAAACCUGAUGUAAGUUCAUUUACUGUUCCUAGUAGACAAACAAAUAUUCUUCCCUUAAAACCAAGUAAAUUGGAAACAGAGGAUUUUGAUCAUGCUAUUAAGGAUUAUUUAAAUACACAAACACCAAAUAAAUUCUUAAAAAUAAAUGCACCUACCAAAAAAGCAAAACGUAACGUAAUAAAUAACAAUAAAAAAGACAAGAUAAGUAUAAGUGAGAGCUCAAAGAUUCACAAAACAUACAAAAACAAAGAAAAACUAAAGCCUGUAACUGUCAACUUGGAACGAUUAAUUUUAUCAUCAAAAGACAGUUUUAAUAAACUUUCUGUUAGCCUGGAUUUGUGGAACAAAUUUGAGAAACACAGUAAAUCAUAUUUAACUGACCAAAGUAGUAUAAUUAUUUUUGAAAACCAAUCAAAAUCCAGAUAUCCUUUAAGAAAUAACACAAAUAAGGAGAAAAGAAGUUUGUUUAUUGUACAAAACAAAUCUGAAAGCAGAUGUUCUCCAAGAAAUGUUAUAAAUAAAAAGGAAACCAAACAAAUAUAUUUAAACAAAAAUAAACGAGGAAGACCUAGAAAAAGUAUCAACAACUCUAAUGAAAAAGUAAUUCCUAAGAAUAUGGUUGUAAAUUUGGAACAACUGCCCUUAAGUAAUAGAAAACUCAUUGAUCACUUAAAAAAAGAUAUCAAACAACCAAUUGUAAACCUAACACUAAAUGAUUUUAACGAAAUCAUUUGUGACAAGAAAAAUACCCUAAAGUGCAAACAACCUAUAAUAAACCUGACACUAAACAAUUUUGACCAUUUAUUUGCAAAUAAUGACAAAUGUAUCCCAAUUUAUGAUUUAACAAACUCCUCAGAUAGUCAAGAUUCCAUCCAUGAAUUAAAUGGUAAAAAUGGAAACCAAAGUUUAUUAAUACAAAACGAAUUUAUUUAUUUUAACCAAAGCUCAUCCUCAUUAUCUUCAGAUACAAAUUGCCAAUCAUUGAAAUGUAUAUACAGUAAAAGUAUUUCUUUAAAAGAAGGAAAUGAUUUCCCUUUAGGCAAAACCAGGGCCAGAAGAAAUAGAAAAUAUAAUGAUUCACUGAAUGAAUCAAUAUCAAACAGGACAAGAAGUCGUACUAAAAAUUCACAAUUAAGUCUGGAUUAUAGUUAUAAGAAUAAAAAAUUACCUAAAAGCCAAAAUUCUGCUUCCCUCAAUAGCCCAAAUGAAGAAAGCAACAUUGAGUAUGUUUCUCGCAGGACAAGAGGUCAAAUUCAAAAUUCUACUUCACAAUCAAGUCUAGAUAAAAGUACUAAAAAAACAGAUAAUAUUGGGGAAAAAUUAAAUAGAAAUCAAAAUUCUACUUCACUCACUGAAGAUAAUGAUGAAAGCAACAUUUCCUUUGAAUCCAUUUUUGAGAUAAUAGGCAUAGAUGCCUCCCAACGGUCCUUUUAUUUUCGGUCACAAUCAAGCAAUGCUGAUAAUACCAAAGAAACAAAAUCUGCUGAAAAUAAUAGUCAAAACAAAGAAAAAACGCCCAGAAAAACCAGAAACCAACUUUCUAUAUCUUUGGCUUCAGAAACUAAUAAUGCUGAUUUCAGUCCUAAUGAAAGAAGCAAUGUUUUAUUUGAAUCUUUGAUUUCUUCUCGAAAAAACAGUAGACAAUCAAUAGACGAAAAUCAGAGAAAAGCUAUUUUUGAUAUUAUUGGAUGUGACAUGUCCCAAACAUCUGUAAUAAACAUUUCUACUGGAUCGUUGACCGAUUCUCAAAGAAAUCAAAAUAAUUCUAGUGACCUAAAUACCUUCUUUGACAAUGUUGUUGAUUCAUCGAGUGAUUCCCCAGUAACAACCAGAAAUCAAGAUAAAUUUAAGGAUUUGAAUAUUAGUAGGACUAAAAACAUUUUUAAUACAAAAAAAAACAUUUCUUUCGAGUCCCCAAUUAAAUCUGGGAAAACUGCUUUUGACCAAAGUAACACUGAUGAAAGAGAUUCUGUAACAAAAAGAAGGCAAAAUAAAUCUAAAGAUUUGCAUUUUAGUAAUGGCAACAACAUUUUAAAUAGAAAAAAAAAUACUUCUCCCAAGUCCCUAAAUAAUUCACCAUUAAAUCUUAAAAAUAAGAAAAAAGAAAUUUUCCUUACAGAAAAUAAAAAAGACACAUCUAAAGACUGGAAACCCAUUAACUGUGAUACAAUUUCUGACAUAUCUAACAACUGUGAUAUUAUUUCUGAUUCUGAACCAAUUUUAAGCAUACUUGACAAAAAUAAAUCAAAUAAAACUAAGAAUCUUAGAAAGAAGAAAAAAGCGAAAUCGAAAAAUUCCGAUGAAGCAAUCCUUAAAUCUAUUCCAGUCAGUAAGGUAAAUCAAAUGCAAAAUAAGCGAAAUUUAAAAGAAAGUCGGGCCAAACCAAGUACAAAACAGAGCAUGGGAGAUAUUGAAAAUGUAUCACCCAAGAGACCUAGUAGAUUGUCAAAGAUAUCUAAAAAUUCGGAAAAUUCAGAAAAACGCGUUACUAUGUUCGAAAGCCACUCAAAAGAAAAUGAAAGUAGUGAUUCAGAAAGUUUUGUGAUUCCUCUUUCGACCCUAAUUCAAAGAAAAGACCAAACAAAAAUUUUUACAUUGAAUAAAAGUAAUGACAGCAAAUCAAAUAGUUUUUUGACGCCUCUUCCUACCACAAUGCAUCGUAAAACUCUUAGGCCAGGAAAGGAAUGGAGAAGAUCUCUUGCAAUACUAAAAAGAAGUAGCAUGAUUAUUCCAGAAAAUGCUGAAAUUAUUACUACAGAAUCUACGUUAAUAAACGAUAAAGAUCACAUUUCAAAAUUAUCCCAGGCUUCGCCGAACAGAAGGAGUUCCAUUAGAGUGGUUGCAGUUUCCACAAAUGUUUCCGGUAGAAAUUCGAUUUUAGAAAAAUAUGCCCAUGCAAGUUAUGUGUCAGUACAAGAUUUCGUCGACAGCCAUUUGGAAAACAGCGUUCGAAAAUUAUCGAUAAAUCAGCAACAACAGCGCAAACCGCUACUAACAAAGUCUAUUGCCGCCGUCGUCACCGCCAAAGAGGUCGUUUUACGAAGAUGCGGACAAACAGAGCCUCUGCCAUUCGAAAAAUGCUAUCCGGAAAGUCUUUUGAAGAACUGUCAGAAAAUAGGGGAAGGAGUCUAUGGCGAAGUGUUUCUAUUCAAAAAUCCAAAUGGAGGCACGUCGGUAAUGAAAGUUAUCCCAAUAGAAGGCGACCAGAUAAUUAACGGAGAACGUCAAAAAAAGUUCGAGGAAAUAAUAUCUGAAAUAAUAAUUGCAAUGGAGCUGAGUAAUCUGCGCAAUAACAAGAAAAACUCAACCAGCGGUUUUUCCGAGGUGCAAAAAAUUCGGUGCGUCCAAGGGCGCUACCCCGAAAAAUUACUAGACCUGUGGGAUCUUUACGAAGAGACUAGGGGUUCCGAAAAUGAUUCGCCUAUAAUUUUUAACAAAGAUCAAUUGUACAUUGUGCUCGAACUGGCUAAUGGCGGGAAAGAUCUGGAGGCCUACGUCUUCAACAAUGCACUACAGGCAUUUUCAAUGUUUAAACAGGUUGCUAUAAGCUUAGCAAUAGCAGAAAGUGAGCUCAAUUUUGAGCACAGGGACCUUCAUUGGGGUAAUGUUUUGCUGACGACUGUUGACAAAAGGCAGAAACAAAAUUUUUGUCUGGACGGAAAAGUGUUGGAAGUGGAGACUCACGGUGUUGAGGUGGCCAUUAUUGAUUUCACUCUAUCUAGAAUUGAGUUUGAUGGAGUCGUCAUUUUUAAUGAUCUAAGCCAAGACCCUGAUCUUUUUACUGCCACUGGCGAUUAUCAGUUCGAAAUUUAUCGUCAAAUGCAGAAGAAGAAUGGAGAUAAUUGGUACCAUUUUGAGCCAUUUACUAAUUUGUUGUGGCUUCAUUACACACUGGAUAAGUCCAUAACUGCCCUACGUUAUAAAUCUAAACAAACCAAAGUGCACAAUGAAUACAUUAAAAAAAUGUGUUUGCUGAAGGACGAAAUUUUAAACUAUCAUAGCGUAAAAGAUUUUGUUUUAGAUAAUUUUUAAUGUGUAUAAAUGUUUAUUUUAAAAAUUAAAUGUUAAUAAAUUUCUAUAUUUUGUAUUUUUAUAAAACCUAUUAAAAGGAAUAAAAUAAGUUUUUUAUGAAAUA